AUGAUUGUUGAUGAUAGAUAUUCAGCAAUAAAGAGAUUUAAUUUGUGGAAUGGUUUCUCUGCGAGGAUAAUCGCGGCCUGUUGCCGAGUUUGCGGAGAUCGAAGUUCAGGAAAGCAUUACAGCGUCUUCACGUGUGAUGGAUGCUCGUGCUUUUUCAAGCGCAGCGUCCGGAAGAGCGCCUUGUACACCUGCAUAGCUGGAAAAGGAAAUUGCGUUAUCGAUAAAGCUCGUCGAAAUUGGUGUCCCUAUUGCAGGCUGCAGAGAUGUUUUUCCGCUGGAAUGAAUGUUGCCGCCGUUCAGGAGGAGCGAGGACCGAGGAAACCAAAGAAAUUAACUGGAAAUCUACCGACCUCGCUCGAGCAACAAAUAACGCUCCACUAUCAGAUUAUGGUCCAGAUACUCAUUGCGUGCAUCAAGCAGGCGAGGUGCAACGAGGACUUCCGACUCCUAGGGCGCGGCCUGCAAAACAGCAUCCUGCAGGUCGUGUGGCCGGAGUGCUUCAUUCUCAGGGCGUCACACUGGUCAAUAGACAUCCGAUCCAUCAUCGAGAGCUGCCAUGACCUCAGAGUCGCAGUCGACAGCUUCACCGUGAAGGCCGACCUGGUGGAGCUGAACCUCCUGGAGAGCCUCAUCCUCUGUCGCAAGGAGUUCAGCACCACCGACGAAGAGUCCAUGCAGCUCGAGAUGAUGUCCGACAGAGCACUGCUGGCGCUCGGACGAUACAGCAUCCAGAAAGAGUGCCAGUGGCAACGAUUUGGCAAAUUGAUCAUUUGCCUUCGGGGACUCUCGUUCUACACUAAUGGCCUGAAGAACAUCUUCAGACACAUCAUCGGGGACAUUAUCGAAAAUGGACAUGGCUAUCAGAUAAGCGAAACAGCACUAUGA